AUGUCGCUUCCCAAGGACUUUAUCUGGGGCUUUGGCACAGCCAGCUACCAGAUCGAAGGUGCCGUCGACAAAGAUGGUAGGCUUCCAUCCAUAUGGGACGAAUUCUGUUGUAGGCCCGGUAAGAUCGCUGAUAGUUCUUCCGGUGUUGUGGCCUGA